AUGGAUGGCGUGGCUCUCGAAUUUACCAAAGAGAUAAAGUUGCUCGGCGUCAUGAUAGAUGAAAAGCUCCUAUUUAGAUCACAUGUACGGUACAUCACAGCUAAGGCGAUGCGCAUAUUCCAACGCCUGUGUCUAUUCACAAGACCUACCUGGGGCGCUCACCCAGAAAAUGUAAGCAUCAUUUAUCACGGCGUGAUUGAGCCUAUUAUAACAUACGCGGCAGGCAUUUGGGGACAUGCCGCUAGUAAAAAAUGCAAUCGCCGGACACUUGAGAGCACGCAAAGAGGUUUCGCUCUUAAGGCAAUACGAGGGUUUCGAACUGUAUCCACGGUAGCUGCACUUGCACUGGCACAGUUCACCCCGCUGGAUCUCAAAGUACUGGAGGUGGCCAAAGUGGAACGCACGCGAUUGCUUGGCACAACUGACUUCCUCCCUGAUGAUGUGCAGCUUGAGAAACCAACUCCUGUUCACAAACUACUUCACCCAGCGUCCAGAGUCACCAUCCCUCUUCAUUUGGCUACCAACCAGGAAGAGGCCGACUCUUACGUGAGAUCCAACACAGUGACUAUAUAUACUGAUGGCAGUAAAAAGGAGAAUGGAAAGGUCGGAGCGGCUUUCAUAUGCUGUAAUCCUGAGGUCUCCUGCCCUGUGGUGAGAAAAAAGUACAAGUUACACUCAAGUUGCAGCGUAUUUCAAGCUGAAUUAUAUGCACUAGCCCGAGCUUGUGAAUGGACAAUUGCUCAUCGAUAUCCACACACGGUUAUAUAUACCGAUUCGCUGUCAGCAGUCAAAGCCAUACAAAACCGAAGUAAUACGCACCCGAUCGUCACCAACAUCCAAAGCGCUCUGCACCAAACCGACAACCCCAUUAAUGUCGUCUGGGUUAGAAGCCAUGUGGGUAUCGCGGGCAAUGAGGCUGCAGAUGUGGCGGCUGGUGAGGCUAGUCUCCUGCAUAAGGCUCCGGACUAUGACAAAUUCCCCCUGACGUACGCCAAGUCCCACUAUAAGCGGGAAAGUCGCAUCGCAUGGGAGAAACGGUACACAUCUGCUGAACAAGGCGCUUACACUAGAAAACUCCUCCCACAACUUGAUAAUAUACAAAACCUUUUUUCAGUAAUAGCACGCUCGUUCCAUCUCACUCAGAUACUCACUGGACAUGGAUAUAAUAAAAGCAACCUCAGGCGUUUUCACAUCACGGACAAUGCCAAUUGCCCGUGUGACGGCACCAGUGAGCAAACGUUUAACCACUUACUCAAAAGCUGCCCCAUAUUCUGCAGGGCUAGGCUGCUAUAUGAACAAACAUGCCAAUUAUAUGGAGUAGACUCCCCUUACGAGCUAACUGUUAUUCUACAGAAACCGGAAACUCUGAACUCAUUCGACCAAUUGGCAAAGAAAAUUGUACAUAGUCUCAAACGAAUAAAUGGCACUUAA